UCAAGUUGAAGUGUCUUUUUAUCACAAGAAGACCAGCGAUAAUUAUUGGUGUUGUCCUGUAUUUUCUUAAUCUUCCGGGAUAAAAAGCAUAUGUUAAGACGUGUUUUUGAAUAAUCGGAAACAAUGGAUAUAAUUACAUUUCUUUUACAUCUUGUGGGAUUAACUUUUGUAUUUACAUAUGAUGAUCUGGCCUACAGAAAAAUCGCUACUCAAUCCCAAACCUAUCCAGGUGGUUACAUGUAUUAUGAUGCAAAUAACGCAGUUGAUGGAAACACAACAACUUGUACGAGAACAACAGAGAUAGGAAUAUUCAACCCUCACAACAGCGUAUGGUGGAAAGUUGACCUUGGUAGAGUGUACAGUAUUUACAGCAUUAACAUACUGUUUAAAAACUACGACGGAUACGGUUAUCGACAACGUGGACGUUUUGCUGGAUUCUCUUUGUAUGUAUCAACUACUGGUGAUAUACAGGGUUCAACUCUGUGCUACAAGGACGGACCACAGUUACCACCCCUAAAUUUUACAACCACGUGUACAGGACAGGGGCGUUACGUCAUCUUUUACAAUGAUCGACUUGAUGGAGUUACCUACCCUGACGGAUAUGAAAUUCAAAAUGUCUUCACUGAACUGUGCGAAGUUAUUGUACAAGGUUGUAAUAAAUCUGGUGUUUAUGGGGAAAACUGCAACAUCCCAUGUCCCAUCAACUGUAAAGACAGCAUUUGUAACAUUCAAAACCGAUCAUGUAUUGGCUGUAAGUCUGGAUGGACGGGACAAACCUGCAGUACAAAAUGUAUCGAAGGGUGGUAUGGUGUCAGCUGUAGUCUACAAUGUAAAGGACACUGUAGAGGCGGUACCACCUGUAAUCACGUGACUGGUCUGUGUGAGAGAGGUUGUGCUGAUGGAUGGACAGGAUCUAUGUGUGAAAAAGGCAUUCAUGGAGACUAAUUAUUUUAAUGCAAAUCUCAUGCAUAAACGCUCGUUACCAUAAAACGUUGUUACCAAAUUAUUUUGAAUUUGAAUUUUCCAUAAGUUGUAGAUUUAUUGCAUGUAAAAUGAAAAAAAAAAUCUGAGUUUGCAUCUCCAAAAGAUACUGAAUUAAUGCACGUACAGUGUUUAAAGUAAAUUAAAUACUUUGAAUUUUGCACUUUCCAAAAGAUGCGUAUACGAUUUUAUGAAGUUAUUUAGUUGAUCUUAUUCUGAAGCUGAACUCAACUCUAUCAAAAAUAGUAAACUCAUUUUAAAUUG